GAGCUGCCAGAUGAUCGGUACGGAAUGGAGGUCCCACGGGACACUAAACACGUGGUCUCGGCUGCCACAAGACGUCAGCGGCAGAUGGCAUGGGUACCCGCUGUUGGCACGAGUGUCAUUCCUCAAAGAGAGAGGGAAGGAGAAGAGAGAGAGAGAGGGAGAAGGUGGGGGGAGAGAGGAAAGGGAAAGCAGAACAUAGCGAGGCAUAGAAGAGAGGGUGCGCAGGCUUAAGCCUUCUCUAAUUUGAUGGUUUGCAAGAGAAGAAGCUGUAGCGCAGAUCCAAGGGAGACAUUUGGGACCAUGCAAGGUGCACGCUGACCAGAGGAAAUAUGUUGACACUGCCAUUCGAGGAACCUCAUAUCAUGUGUGAGCCGCGGUUUGGUGCCAAUUAUCCCCGUGAAAGCUUACCUGAGAGCCUGGAGCAGGAGCGACAACACAACCCAGACAGGUCCAACUCAGACAUGAGGGAGGUCGAGGACGACAUCUCCGACAGGGAGGAGGAUGAAAGAGAGGACGAUCAGGAUGAGAAUGGGCUUCCUAAAAAACGAGGCCCUCGGAAAAAGAAGCCUGGCAAGGAGCAGAUGGACAGGGCCAAGCUACGGCGCCAGGAAGCCAACGCCCGUGAACGCAGCCGGAUGCACGGCUUAAACGCCGCGCUGGAGAGCCUGCGCAAAGUUGUGCCAUGCUACUCGAAAACUCAAAAACUGUCCAAGAUUGAGACCCUCAGAUUGGCUAAAAAUUACAUCUGGGCCCUGUCAGAGACUCUGAGCGCAGGAAAAAGACCGGACCUUCUCGCCUUCGUACAGACUUUGUGCAAAGGAUUAUCUCAGCCCACAACCAACUUGGUAGCGGGUUGUUUGCAGCUGAAUGCGAGAAAUUUCCUCACAGACCACAAUGGUGAGGUCAUGUUCGCUGGCAGAUCGCCCUACGAUGCCAUGUACUCAUACCCCGGUUCAGACAUGAACACGCCCCCCGGCCACAGCGGCAAUAGCUUGGAGAGCGGUGCCAAACCCUUCCGACACUACAGCUACAGCAGCGCCUACGAGCCCUACUACGAGAACCAGUCCCCAGAGAGCGGGAGCCCGCAUUUUGACGGCCAGCUGAGCCCCCAGAUGAACUUUAACGGGAUUUUUUCCCUAAAACACGACGAGCCUCCAGACUACGGCAAAAGCAGCCACUAUGGCAUGCGAUACUGCAGUGCGCCAGGGCGCACGUCUCUUGCGCACAACUCUAUGUACCGAGUCUCCCCAGAGGCCCGUUUCCCCUACGACCUGCACGUCCGCAGUCAGUCCUUCCAAGCACAAGGGGAAGUUAAUGGUUCUUUCCACAAUUAAUCAAUCAGCUGGACAAAGUUCAAGUUUCAAAAGCGAUGCAAUUUCCCCAGAAGGUGUCGAGAGUGGAACGAAAUGGACUCCAGACACGACGAUGCACUGCAAAAAUGCUCAUAAUAACAAGUCACUUUGUGUUAAAUUUCAGCCAGAUCCUUUGAGAUAUGGUAAAAGUUUGCAAAUUACAUAUGAUGAUUUCACUGGUUCUCAGUUGUUGUUCCACUAAAUUUGUUUCGACACUAGGCAGGAAAAAGACGCCACAAGAAAGACGUUAUCUCAUUGUCAAGGCAGAUCUUCUGGUUCCUUAAAAGAAAAUUACAUGUCAGUGUCUCUUUGCAACAUAUUUGUCUCUAAUGAACGACCACAGCAAUUCAAAUAUUUUAUUAAAGGUGCAGUUUCAGAGAAAUGUAUUUGCAGUUAGAGUGCAUUAAUUUAUUUGUAUGUAGGCUAUUGCAGAAGUCGGUGAUGAUGUGGCUUAGAUAAAGUUAAUACAUUUACACUCAUUAAAAAUGAUUUCCGUUCCGAAAUAAAAUCAGCUAAAUGAAAAAACAGGGGAAGACGAAUCUGUGGAGGUUUCACUUCAUCAGGGAAGUUUGCUGAAACAUGAUUGGAGUUCAGAGAUUCAGUCUGUUAGCAAUAAAGUUCAAUUGAGCUAUGCAAGGCAGCCAAAUGCAAUCUUUGCUUAUAAAAAUGAUGUAUGUCUAUUUCCUCUCACACGGCGUUUCUCCUAAACUCACAUCCUAUUAAAAUGAUGGCACAAAAUUAGUUAUUAAGGUAUGGCCAGUUAUGAGACGUGCAUGUGUUCAGGAGACUUGACGAUGAUGUCAUCUGAAUUGGUCCUAUAAAUACAGGAAGUAGUGGGGGAAAACUACGAAUCAAAUGCAUUUGUUCUUGGAGUAAAUAGUGUGGUAACGAGGUGAAUGUAAAUUCUUAUUGUAUUUAUUUAUUUAAGCUUAUUUAUUAUACUGUAAGUCCGUCAACUUUAAUGUGGAUGAUAUAUUAUAAAACUAUUGUGAAAUUCAACGAUGUUACCUUUAUGUGGAUUUCCCGACAUUUAGAAUUUGUUUAUGUUGCAUUGUUGUAAACUGUAUUUCACUACAGCUGAAAGUCGAGCACGGCAAGAAAAGUCAGUUUGUGUGAGGUGAACAAAACGACAUGAAACCGAUCAACCUGCCUUAAAAAAAAAAGAGACGACCGCCACCAAUAUGCAACGAAAUGAAAGUUUUGGAUAGUUUGAUGUGAACUUUUUACACUUUGUUCCUGCUCAGGAGGAACUGUGAUGCACACAGUGUGUUUCUGCACAAUGUUGGUGACUGUGAUCUCUUAAACCCUGAUAAGUUUUGUAUCUUUACGCCGGAUUAUGGAUAAUUAUUAGAUGGCAUUUCUAAUUUAUUUCAGCACUUACUGGUCCGGCCCACACACACACACACACACACACACACACACACACACACAACUCGCACCCCUGGAAACUCGUUAUGGAUCGAAAUAUUCGUGAAGUAAUGUGUUCAUGUUUUGUGCUGUGUUUGUCGCAAUAAAAUGAAGAGGCAGCUUCUCACCUUUCUGUGGAAAUGAUCGACAGCAGAUGGCAGUUUUAAAAAAUAAUUUGUUUGAGAAAUA